AUGGCGGCCCCUCCUGCUCCUCUGUUCCUGCCGGUCCUGCUCUCGGACUCCUUCACGCUGUCCGACGACGGGAAGUACGAGCGCUCGGCGACGCCCGGCUCCGCCUCCCGCCUGGUGGCCCGCAUGGACGGCGACAUCAUCAUCGGCGCUCUGUUCUCCGUGCACCACCAGCCGGCGGCGGAGAAGGUGGCGGAGAGGAAGUGCGGCGAGGUGCGCGAGCAGUACGGCAUCCAGCGGGUGGAGGCCAUGUUCCACGCCCUGGACCGGAUCAACGCGGACCCCCACCUGCUGCCCAACAUCUCGCUGGGCUGCGAGAUCCGGGACUCCUGCUGGCACUCAUCUGUGGCGCUGGAGCAGAGCAUCGAGUUCAUCCGCGACUCGCUCAUCUCCAUCCGGGACGAGAGCGACGGGUCCCGCUGGUGCAUCGAGGGCUCGCCGUCCAGCCAGCCCCCCCCCACCAAGAAGCCCAUCGCCGGUGUCAUCGGGCCCGGGUCCAGCUCGGUGGCCAUCCAGGUGCAGAACCUCCUGCAGCUCUUCAACAUCCCGCAGAUCGCCUACUCCGCCACCAGCAUCGACCUGAGCGACAAGACGCUGUUCAAGUACUUCCUGCGGGUCGUGCCCUCCGACACGCUGCAGGCCCGGGCGCUGCUGGACAUCGUGAAGCGCUACAACUGGACCUACGUGUCUGCCGUGCACACCGAGGGGAACUACGGGGAGAGUGGGAUGGAGGUGUUCAAGGAGCUGGCCUCUCAGGACGGGCUCUGCAUCGCCCACUCCGAUAAGAUCUACAGCAACGCCGGGGAGAAGCAGUUCGACCGGCUGCUGAGGAAGCUGAGGGAGCGGCUGCCCAAAGCCCGGGUGGUGGUGUGCUUCUGCGAGGGCAUGACGGUGCGAGGCCUGCUGGCCGCCAUGAGGAGGCUCGGGGUGGCCGGGGAGUUCCUGCUCAUCGGCAGCGACGGCUGGGCGGACCGGGUGGAGGUGGUGGAGGGAUACGAGCAGGAGGCGGUGGGGGGGCUGACGGUGAAGCUCCAGUCUGACGAGGUCUCCUCCUUCGACGACUACUUCAUGAGGAAGCUCAGCACCAACACCAGGAACCCGUGGUUCCCCGAGUUCUGGCAGUACCGCUUCCAGUGCCGGCUGCCCGGACACCCGCUGGAGAACCUGAACUACGCACGCAACUGCUCAGAGGAUGAGGAGCUAGAGCUGCAGGACGGGUACGAGAGUCUGGAGGAGAACUACGUGCAGGACAGUAAGAUGGGCUUCGUCAUCAACGCCAUCUACGCCAUGGCCCACGGGCUGCACGACAUGCAGGCGCUGCUGUGCCCGGGCCAGGGGGGGGGGCUCUGCGACAACAUGAAGCCGGUGGAUGGCAGCCACCUGCUGGACUUUCUGCUGAAGACCUCCUUCACUGGGGUCUCCGGGGAGGACAUCUGGUUCGACCAGAACGGAGACUCCCCGGGGAGGUAUGAGAUCAUGAACUUCCAGCAGGUGGAGUCGGGCGACUUCGACUACAUCAACAUCGGCUCGUGGCACGAAGGCGUCCUGCGGCUCGACGAGGACCUGAUGCUGAUGAACCGCAGCGACGUUGUGCGGUCCGUCUGCAGCGAGCCCUGCAGCAGCGGGGAGAUCAAGGUGAUCAGGAAGGGCGAGGUGAGCUGCUGCUGGAUCUGCACCGCCUGCAAAGACAACGAGGUGGUUCAGGACGAGUUCACCUGCAAGGCCUGCGAGCUGGGCUGGUGGCCCGACGAACAGCUGGAGGGCUGUGAGCCCAUCCCGCUGCGCUACCUGGAGUGGAGUAACCCCGAGUCCAUCAUCCAGGUGGUGUUCUCCUGCCUCGGCAUCCUGGUAACGUCCUUCGUGGCGUUCAUCUUCGUGCUGUACCGCGACACGCCGGUGGUGAAGUCCUCCAGCCGUGAGCUGUGCUACAUCAUCCUGGCCGGGAUCUUCCUGGGUUUCCUGUGCCCCUUCACGCUGAUCGCCCGGCCCACCGUGGCCUCCUGCUACCUGCAGCGCCUGCUGGUCGGCCUCUCCGCCGCCAUGUGCUACUCCGCCCUCGUCACCAAAACCAACCGCAUCGCCCGCAUCCUGGCCGGCAGCAAGAAGAAGAUCUGCACCAGGAAGCCCCGCUUCAUGAGCGCCUGGGCGCAGGUGGUGAUCGCCUCCAUCCUAGUGAGCGUGCAGCUGACCCUGGAGGUCACGCUCAUCAUCAUGGAGCCCCCUGAGCCCAUCAAGUCCUACCCCAGCAUCCGGGAGGUGUUCCUCAUCUGCAACACCAGCAACAUGGGGGUGGUGGCGCCGCUGGGCUACAACGGCCUGCUCAUCCUCAGCUGCACCUACUACGCCUUCAAGACCCGCAACGUGCCCGCCAACUUCAACGAGGCCAAGUACAUCGCCUUCACCAUGUACACCACCUGCAUCAUCUGGCUGGCCUUCGUGCCCAUCUACUUCGGCAGCAACUACAAGAUCAUCACCACCUCCUUCUCCGUCAGCCUCAGCGUGACGGUGGCGCUCGGCUGCAUGUUCACGCCCAAGAUGUACAUCAUCCUCGCCAAGCCGGAGCGGAACGUGCGCAGCGCCUUCACCACGUCGGACGCCGUGCGCAUGCACGUGGGCGACGGCAAGAUGGCAUACCGCAGCAGCAGCUUCCUGAACAUGUUCAAGAGGAACAAGAAGGGCGGAGGAGGCAGUUCUAAUGGAAAGUCUGUGUCAUGGUCUGAACCAGGUGCAAGGCAUCCUCCCAAAGGCGAUCACACGUGGCACAGACUGUCGGUGCACGUGAGGCGGCAGGAGGCCAAUCAGACGGCCGUCAUCAAACCCUUAACCAACUCCUUCCUCAGCACUAAGACUCUGUACAACGUGGCCGAGGAGGAGGACGAGGGCGAGGCCGUCCGGUACAACCCCCCCGUUACCCCUCCCAUGAUGCCCCACGGGCAGAUCCCGAGGGGGGAGGAACCGUACGCACCUCGAACAAAAAACUGCUUCAUGGCGGAGCAUCUGCAGGUGGACAAAUUCAACAUACCUAAGUUAAACGACAUGGUUAGCAUUCCUGAUUCAGUUAGCGGCGGCAUGCUAGUGUACCAGCCGGCCCCCCUCCUUCACCAGGAGACCCUACUUCAGCUAGAGCCCCUUUUCCACCAGGAGCCCCACCUCCACCAGGAUACCCCUCUCCAGGAAGAGACCCUGCUCCUUCAGGAGACCCUCCUCCACCAGGAGACCCAACUCCACCAGGAGACCCACCUCCACCAGGAGCCCUUCCUCCACCAGGAAACCCACCUCCACCAGGAGCCCUUCCUCCACCAGGAGCCCUUCCUCCACCAGGAAACCCACCUCCACCAGGAGCCCUUCCUUCACCAGGAGACCCACCUCCACCAGGAGACCCACCUCCACCAAGAAGAGCCUGACUCCCCUUCGGAGGAGGAGGAGGAGGAGGCUCAGUUUGGCCUCCUGCACGGCUACAUGUACAACAACGCCCGGAUCCACGACAGCGACGGCGACUCUGUGGACGGUAAACUCUCCGAGGAGGCUCUGAUGCCUCCGUCCCCGUUCAGAGAUCAGGCCGCCGCUCCUCCGGUGAGACCCUUCCCCAAUUCGCCGAUAUCCGAGUCCAUUCUGUGCAGCCCGACCAACGUGACGUACGCCUCCUUCAUCGCCCAAGACUUCAAGCAUAGCUCCUCCACUCUGUGAGGGGGAACCGCGGGAUCAUGUGGGGGAGAACCGGGGGGGUCGUCUCGCUGUGAAGAGGGUGGAGUUUGGUCAGCUACAGGAUCAAUGCUCAGGAGUAAAAGUAAUAGUUAUAUAUAAAAACGCUCAGAAAUAUUAACCGUAAUUCAUCAGAAUUUGACUAAAGAAAUCUUCCCCUUUUUGUGGCUCAGUGGGUUAGAGCGCUGAUCUUCAGACCAGGGGAGCACUGGUUCAAUUGCAGUUUAGCGUCGGCUGUGCCGCUCACAGCAUUGAUUUGCGUUCUCUAGAUGAUGAUUGUGCUGCUUCUCCUUGGUCGCCUUGCCGGCAUCAGAUAUCUUGAGAAACAAAACUCAAUCAGCUGUUUUCACCACAAGGCUUUACACCCAACCUCCAAUCAGCAAGCAGCGUGACGACCGUCCCCGUCCUCCCCUACUUUAUUCUCAAGUUUUUGAAUAGCUGUAUUUGAUGAGGUGUAAGGAAAGUCAUGUUUCACUCUUUUCCUGACAGCUGUUAGAGUGAACAACCGCUGCACUCUAAAUGUUGUCUUCAGUGGUGGAGGAAUCUCCCUAUUACUUAUUUAUCUGCUAAGUUAAGAUGUUAGGGUAGGACUACGGAAUCCCUGAAGGGACAAACAUUUCAUUACCUACGAGUUAUUUGUCGUUAUCUCAAAAUGUCAUUGUUUCCUUGAUUUAUUGGGAUCAAUCGUCCUCAAAGUAUUUUCUGACACUCCAGAGAGAAAUGUGGUUUAUACUUGAAUUUCAUUAUUUCUGAAAAACUAAAUUUGAUAUCUUUUUUCCCCACAAUGUUUUGUAUUCAACAAUUGAAAAACAAACCGUGUUAUACAAGGUAAAUAUUACACAGUCUUGGGAACUGUCCUUAUACCUCCAUAAUUCCUCAAACAGCCGCUGUCUGGCUCUUAAUGUAUAGGAUAUCUUAUCCAAUGGGAGGCCUGAGCGCAUCUGUCUCAACCAAUGAGACAAAACUACAGAGCAAGCUGGGCUCUCCAACUGUUCACUGUAUUAAUGCUUUUCUGGAUAUAAACCCAACAGAUCUUUGGGUCCAGUAAAGUCUGAUUAGAAAGGAUCUUCUCUAUUGGACCUGGUUCCUCCUCCCAGAUGUAUCGCGAACCAGGGUCACCAAAUUUGACAUUUUGAGACAUCGACGAGUAACUCUGGAAGAAACUGAGAGGAUAACAUGUGAGUAACCACGGCGAGGCGUCCCUAUGAACUAGAUGUAGUGCUUCUGAGAUCAACAGUAGGUUUGUUUCUGUACAUGUAUAAACAUAUAUCAUGUAUUUUAGGAAUAUAGGCGACAUAAGAAGAAGUAUGCUGAGGUUAAACCCCUAAUGCUAUAGUUUGUAUGUAAUGCAAAGAAAUGAUCAACGAUAUUUUCAGAAAACAUGUUUGUGUUUACACGUGUGUUUUGUACUUUAUGAGGACGGAAAGGUUUAAAGGAACAAUUUGACAUUUGGGAAAAUACUUAUUUGGUCUUAGGGAUAUAUUCAGAUUCCAUCAGCGUAAUACAUAAGGCGAAUAACAGUGAGGGUGCAGAUUAGUUGUAAAGUACGAGACUCCUUUCACCCGUCUUUAUGCUACGCUACCUGCGGGUGGUAGGUUGAUUCUCAGUGAGCCUGAUAUCGAUCCUCUUCUCAAACUUUUUGCAGGAACUCCUUUUUCCUAAAUGUCACAUUUUUCGCUGAAAGCAGAAAAGACAUGUUUCCUGUUGGAGGAAAAUGUGAUGUGUGAUAGAAACAGGACUGACUGUCAGGGAUGUAGCAGAGGACAAAGCGCCACGUCUCCAUUAGGAUUUCUGUUUUUAUUUUCUACAUGUCAGAUUUGUAUCUUUGAUAAGUGCACUUGAUGUGAUUUCAUAACUGCAGGUCUACGUAUAAGAUAAGGGACAUGUGUUUCGUGAAUGUAUGAAUUGUGUUUCAUAUUUUGUAUUCCGAUGAUAUCUAUAUAAGCAUUACAGUAUUAGAAAUGCGCUUUAAUUGUGAGAUUGGUUGUCGACACCAAUCAAAGUGUUAAGAGCCUCAGACCUGCAUAAUGUGAUAAGUGCUUCUGUUAGUUCUGAAUAAGCUAUCUGUCGUACACAGGAGGAGUUAGCGUCUGCCCUUUGGAACCAAUAUAAUCUGUGGACGGUUGAAAAGGUUUGCUUGGAGUAAAUUCAAUAUUUUCUAUGUGUUUGUCUCCUGUUUCUGAUCGUGUGAACCAGCUGGUAGUUGUUGUCUCGUUAGCUUUAAAAUAAAAAAGCUGUUUCUAGAGA